CAAUUUUUGAUUCAUAGCUCGAGAUUCACAAACCACUUUUGAAAAUACCGAUACUUAUCCGGUUAGAAACCUUUUGGGCCGUUAUAAUUAUCCACCGAACUAUCCGCGUGAUCAAAACGCGCUGAUAAAUCGCGUGGAAUCAGCAGCUUCGUCCUUACUCAAUUCUCGGGGGAAACUGUUAGUGAACCCUAACUCCAACGGGAAACCCAUAAUUAGAAAUCCCCCAAAUCAAAUCGAGAGGUAAAAGAAGUUCGAUUUUUGAUUCAUAGCUCGAAUUCCUUAUCCUGAAUUGUCAAGUGAUCGGCGAGAGAUGACGGUGGUCGGUGACGGAACUGUUGGAGGUGGAGAUACUCCUCCGGCGAACACUGCGGCGGAGACGGCGAUUACUGACCUGAGGCUUAUGCUGAACGCUGAUUACGAUCGCAUGCCGGAUAACUACGACGAUCUGCCGCUGGAAUUUAGCCCUUGCAUUUUGAGCUCGAUGGAGAAGUACUUGCCGCUGAAUAGCUUGAACAGAGACGAGAAGGCGAAAUUCAUGUCGGGCAUUAUCCUCAAGUACCUUCCUAGCGAAGAACGUUCCAGAGAUAAAAUGGACAGGGACUAUAAGCAGACGAUAAAAUCCAAUUACCAGCCACUUCACAAGGAGUUGUACACUCUUGAUCCCGAGAUCUUCUUCGUUCCCUCUUUCCUGGAGGCGAUCAAAGGAAACACAGGCUUAAGAAGCAUAAUCUCUGAACCGUCUCCUGGUGUUUUAGUCUUUGAUAUGCUUCAGCCUAGCUUCUGUGAGAAGAUGAUAUCAGAGGUGAAAAACUUCCGAAAGUGGGCUAAGCAGACAAAGCUCCGGAUCAAGAAAGCAAACUGUAUGAAAUUCUUCUCUGAUGAUGUGACUGAAGCAACUCUAGACUCUCACCAUGGAUUUGUUGUUGAACAUGGUAAAGAUAGGGAUGCUGACAUAGGCUUUCAUGUUGAUGAUUCAGAAGUAACACUGAAUGUAUGUCUGGGCAAAGAAUUUGUGGGAGGGGAGUUGUAUUUCCGAGGCACACGAUGCGAGAAACAUGUGAAUAUUGAUGCAACGUCGGAGGAAAGAUAUGAUUACAGUCAUAAACCGGGCCAAGCUGUAAUUCACCGUGGCCGCCACCGCCACGGUGCCAGAGCCACAACAUCUGGUCAACGUGUCAAUAUGAUUCUUUGGUGCAGAAGCUCUAUAUUCAGAGAGAUGAAAACCUAUAAGAAGGAAUUCCCAAAAUGGUGCGGUAAAUGCCACGGAGAUAAGAAAGAAAAGAAAAGCCAGACUCUUGCUGCCAGAAGAAAGGAACUGGUUAGAAUAGAGAGUGAAUCCGAAGCUUGAUGAAACACAACCCCAUAUCUUACUCAGUGAAGCCCUGAAGUAUAUUGCAUUGCCAUUUGACUUUUUACUUGAAAAACAGAGUUUAUGUAGAAAUCGCUUUGAGGUAAAUGACUAUUUUGAAUCUUGAACCUUCUCGUCUCUCACAUUAGUGUGUACAUGAAAUUUGCCUGCACCUUCUAAUAUGUUGAUCCAAUUUUGCUCUUUUCUGUCUAUAACUGCUAUUUGAAAAGUCUCCAUGCUAAUAAUAGUGGUGUGGUUUUGGAUAUAUACUUUGUUAGUGUUAUAUAUAAACACAUGAAAUAGUAUUCCAC